AUUGAAGUCACACUGGUGCUUGACCCCUCACUCCACAAAUUGGGCUUUGACCUUCUGGGCACGCGUACUGUCCUUCCCCAUAUUCCACUCUCCCUGACAACCCAACGACCAUGGCAUCAAGAGAAAAGACAGCAUCGACUUCUGCAUCCUCAGGACGUGUCUCCUUUGGCUCAUCUUCCACCGCCACCUCAGCCUCAACCAACGUCGCAACUUCGACUUUGAUCAAGCUCGCUUUCUUCACGGCAGCUAUGAUCUUCCUCCCUAUCGGAACCUACUUUUUUACGCUCGACCGGUACUUUGGUGGGAACGCAACCUAUUCCGGGAUCAGCGCCGCGGUGAUGGCCAACGUUGUACUCUUUGCAUACGUGAUCGUUGCUGUGCUCGAAGACUCUCAAGCAGGACCGUCACCAGUCUCGAUGAAAAAGCAGCAGUAAAAAGUGAAAUAGGAAAGAAUAAACUGCAGACAGGCAUGACUUAAUAGAUAC